GAUCUUUUAACAUUGUCUGUUAGGAAAUAACGGCUCAUUUAUUACGUAAUUUCUAAAAGUAAUUAUAUAGAGCGCCGGUUUUUUAGACAAUUAACGUAAACGAAGCCUUUAGCGUUCAGUCAGGAUGGUGUCUGGAACUCUUUAUACUUAUCCUAAAAGUCACGGUGCUUACAAAGUAUUGAUUGCUGCAGCAUACAGCGGUGCCAGCGUCACAGUAUGUCCAAAUUUUGUAUUUGGCAAAACUAAUGAGGAUAAAGAGUUUCUGGAGAAAUUUCCUCUUGGAAAAGUUCCGGCAUUUGAAGGUAAUGGCAUAUAUCUGAGUGAAACCAAUGCUAUUGCACAAUAUGUUUCAAACGAAGAACUUCUUGGAGGUACAUGUAUUGCAAAUCGAGCUCUUGUGCAAGAAUACAUUGAAUUUGGGGACUGUGAAGUUCUGCCAUCUGCAUGUACAUGGACCUUUCCAACUCUUGGAUUUAAGCAAUACAACAAACAAGAUACUGAUAAAGCCAUGUCUCAAAUCAAAAAGUGUUUAGCAUACCUCAAUGAUAUUCUUUUAACAAGAACUUUUCUAGUUGGUGAGCGUGUAACUCUAGCUGAUAUAUCUCUUGCUGUUAAUCUUCUCACCUUGUAUGUUCAGGUACUCGAGCCUGACUUUAGAGCUCCUUAUGUUAAUGUCAAUAGGUGGUUUUUGACAUGUGUCAAUCAACCUAAUUUUAAAAGUGUUAUUGGUGAUGUUAAGCUCUGUGAAACUAUGGCUACUUUUGAUAACAAAAGGUACCUGGAACUUCAUCCUAAAGAUCAAAAAAAAGUAAAAGAAGUAAAACCUAAAAAAGAAGAAAAACCUAAAAAGGAAGAGAAAUCUAAAAAAGAAGAAAAAACUGAAGAACCAGCACUAGAAGAAGAUUAUGAUACCCCUGCUCCAUCUAAAAAAGUUGAUUACUUUGCUGAUGUCCCUGAAAGCAAGUUUGUUAUGGAUGACUGGAAAAGAAUGUACUCUAAUAACAAAAGUGAUGUUUAUUUGCCUUGGUUUUAUGAAAACUAUGACAAAAAUGCAGCAAGUAUUUGGCAUUGUGAAUAUAUGUAUAAUGAAGAAAAUAAAGUCAAAUUUGUUACAUCAAAUCUUGUCAGUGGUUGGAUGCAACGUCUUGAUGGACCUCUUCGUAAAAGUGCAUUUGGUGUUGUAAUGACUAAUCAUAUUGAGGACAAGAAUUACUAUGCUAUUCAUGGCAUUUGGUUGUUUCGUGGUCAAAAUCUUGCUUUUAAUUUGAAUCCUGAUUGGGGAAGUGAUUCUGAAUAUUACAAAUUUAAAAAACUUGAUCUCGCUGUUGAAGAAGAUAAAAAAUUAUUCGAAAAGUACUUUCACGAUGUGGAAAAUAAUUUAUAUGCAGACUUCCAUUGCUACAAAUAAAUUCGAAUUAAAACUCGAUCAUACCAAUGCACUUUUGUAUCUCUUGAAUAAAAAUAGGCUCGUAAAUUAAA